CUCUUUUUUCUAAACUCCCUCCCUUUUAAGCUCACCCAUUUUAUCUGUCCUCAGAUCUGAACUCUCUUCUUCUUCUUCUUUGUCAGUUGCAACCUUUUUAUCGAGACCUAAUUUUCCAGGGACUCUUCUUUAUCUCCCCCAUUUUCAAGCAAUGGGGAAGCAAACUAAAGCCAAGAAAUCAGAGACUUUGGGGAAGGGAAAGGUCACCCCAGUCCAAAUCGCGUUCAUCGUGGAUAGGUAUCUCUGCGAUAACAACUAUUCGGAGACUCGCUCUGUUUUCAGAAAUGAAGCUUCAUCUCUCAUCGCCAAAUCACCCAUUCGAGAGGCGCCGAAGAGCUUGCUGAGCUUGGCGGAGAUUCUGAACGAGUACAUAUGCUUGAAGGAGCAGAAGGUGAUUUUGGAUCAGGAGAAGGUCCGGGUGGAGCAAGAGAAGACCCGGGUCCAAACUCUGUUGAAGGGUAUGCAAGGCGUCAUGAACACUUACAAUGCCAGCGGAAACCCAGCCGCUAUCUCCACAGGUCCAGCCGCAGCUCCCAAACCGAUGCUUAUGGCUUCUCACGUGAACCCAUCCAAUGGGUCUCCAGCAGGUUUUCCAAUGUACCAAACACCAGUUGCUCAUCAUGUGUCCACACCUUCCAACACCAACAUGGGGCCUGGAAAUUUCUGCUCACCAAUUACAAUUGACCCACCUGCAACUAAGAGAAAGUGUUCUAGAGUUUCAAUGGAUGCCCCAAGUGCUUCUAAGAGACCUUGCAGCAGAUUACCCAUUGGCAAGGUUCCAAACAAAGGUGCAGAAACAGUUUCAGCAUCAGCUAAUGCACUCAAUAAUCAAGAAUCUGCCCAGUCAUCUUCAGCUGUGCCAAAUUUGGUUCCGAAUGGGUCCUUCGCUCAUGGUUCCACUGUGGCUAAAUGCUUGUUCAACCAGCCGUCUCCCUCCGUUCCGAACAAUUCUUCUGGUCCUCGGACUCCUCCGCGAGCAAUUUCAUCUCAAAUCGAUAAGUCUGUGUCUCCUUUUGAGAUUUCUUCCACUGCUACCUGCAGUAAUAACAGUUCUCCUCCAGAGAUCACCCCUAACUGCUGCACCAUAUUUUCAUCAAAAAGAGUGACUCUGAGCCCAAACAAAGCUUGCUAUACUGUGGAAACGAACCAUUGCAUUUCUUCAUCACCUGCCAAGACAAGUAAGAGAGACCAUGUAAAAGGAAGGCUCAAUUUUGACUGUUCUGAUGUGCCAAUGAGCUUGGACCAACCAAUUUCUGAUGAUAUUUCAACAUCUGAGUCUGAAAAGGAAGUUGACCCUUUUGACAUUGAUUUGCCUAACUUCGAUGCCAUUGGGGUGGAUUUCUCCUUCACUGAAAUGUUAGGUGAAUUUGAUCUUCAUUGUGAAGAACUUGGUUAUGCUAGUCAACCAAAUGUUGGUGCUUCCAUGGGGACUGUUUCAGGGUCAUCAUAUGAUAAUGAAACUGCGGAUGGUAAUGUGGGGGCUAAUCAAGUUAUGUCAGAAUUCUCAUCAACUGUGACAGAAGUACUAUCAGAGAAGGGGAUGAAUGUGCAAGGUUCUGAUUCCCUGACUGCGGUGAAGUCUGUAACAAAAUGUAUUAGAAUUAUAAGCCCGGUGAAAAAUUGCGGAAGCUCUCAGGUUUAGCAGAAUUGUGCUGCAAGGAUCUUACUGUUUUUGUGAAAUGACUCUUCGGCUUGACUUGCUGCAAAAGAUUUCUUAGUAUUUUAAGAAGUCUGUAACUCUUUUAGAAGCUAGCAUUAAGACAACUCUCACAUUUCUUAGAAAUAUAUAUAAUUUUGUGGUUAGUAACUUAGUAUUCUAUCUUUGGUAUCCCCUUGUUGCAGUCCUGGGCUUACUUAGGCUAAUGGCUACACAGUUUCUUUCUCCCUUCGCUGGAUCUUGUAAUCUUUGUAUAGAAUUGUCUAUAUUGACAAAGGCUGCUGUU